UUCAUCUGGAGGACCUGGGCCUAAUCCCAAGGACAAAGACGAUGGGUCCAAGGGCUGACAAAGGCCCCAGCACCUCCCUGGACCUGGCGCAGCAGCGCAGCGGAGUCGGCAAUGUCACAGUGAAAACCCACUUCUCCCAGGUGUCCUGCUGUGGGGCUGUUCCUAGUUCCAGCUGCUGCCACCCUGGCUGGCCGACUCUAACAGACUCUACCUGUAGCCGCCUGUUCUACAUCCUCCUCCAUUUGGGGGCCUCAGCAGUCUGCUGCCUCCUGCUAUCAAGGACGGUAGUAGAAAGGGUCUGGGGCAGUGAACAUGGGAUCCAGAUGCCAGCGGGGCUGUGUGCCCACCUCUUUGGCUACACUGACUGUCCAGUGCUCAGUGGCUCUGGGGCUGUGUACCGGGUAUGUGCAGGAACUGCCAUGUUCCACCUGCUGCAGGCGGUCUUACUGGUCCACCUCCACUCCCCCACCAGUCCACGGGCACAGCUGCAUAAUAGCUUCUGGCUCCUCAAACUGCUGUUCCUGUUAGGCCUCUGUGCUGUUGCCUUCUGCAUUCCUGAUGAGCACCUCUUCCCAGCCUGGCAUUACAUUGGCAUCUGUGGAGGCUUCACAUUCAUCCUACUCCAGUUGGUGCUUAUCACAGCCUUUGCCCAUUCCUGGAACAAGAACUGGCAGGCAGGUGCAGCCCAACACUGCAGCUGGUUCCUAGCUGUGCUGCUGACUACCCUAGGAUUCUACAGCAUGGCCGGCGUGGGAGCUGUGUUCUUAUUCCACCAUUACACACACCCAGCUGGCUGCCUGCUCAACAAGAUGCUGCUUAGUCUGCACCUUUGCUUCUGUGGCCUACUCACCUUCCUCUCCAUCGCUCCUUGCACCCGCCUCAAGCAACCCCGCUCUGGCCUUCUACAAGCCUCUAUCAUCAGCUGCUAUAUCAUGUAUCUGACCUUCUCUGCGCUGUCCAGUCGUCCUCCAGAGAGAGUAAUCCUUCAAGGACAAAAUCUCACCCUGUGCCUGCCUGGCUUGAGUGGAAUGGAACCCCAAACACCAGAUACCUCACUAGCAGUGUUAAGUGCUGGCAUUAUGUAUGCUUGCGUGCUUUUCGCUUGCAAUGAAGCUUCCUACCUGGCUGAGGUAUUUGGGCCCUUGUGGAUCAUCAAGGUUUACAGCCAUGAGUUCCAGAAGCCAUCACUCUGUUUCUGCUGUCCUGAAACAGUGGAGCCAGAAGAUGGGCAAAGGGGUGGGACUGUCAAGCAAGAUGACCAAGAAACCCCUCUGGCUCCUCCAGUGCAAGCCCAGCACCUCUCCUACAGCUAUUCUGCCUUUCAUUUCGUAUUCUUCCUUGCCUCACUCUACGUCAUGGUUACUCUCACCAACUGGUUCAGCUAUGAGGGAGCAGAACUGGAAAAGACCUUCACCAAGGGUAGCUGGGCUACCUUCUGGGUCAAAGUCGCCUCAUGUUGGGCCUGUGUACUCCUCUAUGUGGGGCUGUUACUGGCACCACUCUGCUGGUCUCCCACCCUGGACUCCCAAUCCCCUAUCUUCAGGCGACAAUGCCAUCAGAUCAGUGUCACCAGAUAACAAAGCCUCUGAUCUAUGUCCUGACAAACUCUGGUUCCCCUGAGGUUGCACCCCUACUCUUGGCUCAGGAUAAGUGUCCAGCCCAGCUUGGUGCCACAAGGACACAAUGGAGAGUCAUCUCCCUCUGGGCUUAAGCCAAUACCAUGUCUGAACUGGAACAAGUAGCCAUGCAUGCCGUCAAUAGAGCUACCAUAUGUUCAUCCCAGCUCAGGAGCCUAACUCCCAAAUCAGUAGCUCAAGAACCACUACUGAUAUGCAGUAGACAGCGUGGCACCAACCCUUUCCUGGCUCUUGAGGAAAGAACAGGGACUGAAAGACUUGGCUGUGCCCUCGGGGAUUAAAAAAAGAAAAGCAGUGCAGCCCUGGGCACAGGAAUAUAAGCCCAGAACCAACCAGGGCAUAGGAAGAAAGAAGCACAGAGGCUACCUCAGGUUUUAAUCCUGAUCUUGAGGUCAAGGGUUAAGUGGCAAGGCAGAAACCACCCACAUUCCACAAGGACUGACAGAAGAGAAUGGGAACACUUGAGAGCAGCAGGAUUAUUUGGCCAACUUGCAAGCGAACAGAGGAAGAUGGGGAAGUGACGUAUAAACUCAGGUCUUGGAGCCUUCCCUCACCUCUUAGGCCUUCAACUCCUUCGUUGGGCUGGUGUUCGAGGUCUGGGUGGCGGACAAAAAUCACAGAAAAGAAGUCUCUAUGGUUCUUAAAGGACUCCUCCAUCACAUAUAUCUGAUACUUGUUUGGCAGACAUAGUACAAUAAAGGCUUUUUCUGCAAAGUC